AUGCUGAGCGGCUCACAUCGUGCUCGCGACGGUGAUCCCGCCCGCUCGCGUCGGGCGGCGGCACCCUACGAUGACCUCCGGCGCCAGUACGGCCAGGAUGCCACUAUGAAGGAAGCCAUCGGUACCCAGCACUAUAGAAGCUUGAGCAACGACCGUCAUACCACCCGCGCAAACAUGGAAUCCGCAGAGCCCAGCCUCUCCACUUCACGCGUGGAGCAGCUGCGUCUGAAAAACCAGUAUCAUAUUACCAGUACCACCUAUCGGCAAGUCUAUGAAGUUGACUCGCCCGCCGUGCGCCUGUGCGAGGAUUUUCAGCAGCAUCUCAGCUCACGCAUGAGCGAGACCGAACAAGCCGCCGCCGCCAUGCGCGACGCGCGCCACAACAUUAAUGCCGAAGCCAUGCUGGCUCAAGCAAAGGCCGAGGCCGAGGCUUGGCGCCACGACAAAAGCCGAAUCGCCUCAGUUAAAGCUGCACAGAAUCUCAGUCCUCUCGGCGUUCGCGCCAUCAUCGCGGAGAGAGACGAGCUUCGUUAUCAGCUUCGCAAAGCUGCCGCCGAACUUGCUCGGAUUGAAGCUGCCUCCGGUGGUCGCUUUCAUGAGCUGCCCAAUCUCUGCCUCCAGGAUAUGGAGCGGUUAGCCGCACUAAAAUCACAGAGCGCCCACACUGACAUUUCCAAUUCCGAUGACCAGGUGGCCCUCGAGUUGGAGCAAAAAUCCAAUCGCAUCGCCGAGCUGGAGAGAAUUGCCGGCGAUUCGCGCGGCGUCCGUCGCCACACCGACUACCAACUCAGCACGCUCCAGGAACAACUUGCCGAGCGCGAUGAAACAAUCCUACAUCUUCAAGAGGAGCUGGACAAUCUAACCUCUGAGCUUGAGGCCCAGCGAACCGAAGCUCGCAGUGAACUGGAUCAGCGCGUGGCUGAAGAACGUGAUCACGUCAACCGUGCCGCCUCACAGCAACAGCGCCACGCGCUGGAACAGCUUGAGGCCGAAAUGCGGGAUGAAAAGUAUCGCGAACUAGAUCAGCUACGCAGUCAGCUCGAGUCACAAUACGCAGCCAUCAUGGAGGAUAAGCUUCAGCAGCAGCGAAACACCUUGCUGCAGCAGGAGAAUGAGCGACUGGCUGAUGAGAUGACCCGUCUACAGUCAGAGUUGUACCAUCGCGAGGCAGCCAACCUUGAGCAGCUGCGAACCGAAGUGACGGGCGAAAAGGAGCGUGCCGUGGCCGCCGUUCGCCGUCAGAUGGCAGCCAUGCAGACUCGAUACGAGGGGGAGCUCGAACAGCUUCGUCACCACGCUGAAGCGGAACUACAACGGCAGCUGGAAGACCUCCGCCGCGAACUGAGCAUGGCUGCCGAUGCUGAGCUUCGAUCUGCUCUAAAUAACCAGCAGGCCAAGCUCGAGGAGGACCACCGUGCCGCUAUGAACCGCCUGCGGCAACAGGUGGAGCAGCAUGCCUCCCAUCAAGCCGAGGUGAACCUCAAAAAGCAGCUUGAUGCCCAACGCAAGAAGCUUUUG